UUGAACACUUCAACUGGUCCCCUGAACUGCAUCUUCUCCUGCUUUCCUUGUCUCUGCUCUUUUUGGUCGGGACUGCCGGCAGAAUCUCGAAUAAAGCUGCAGAAGAUGACGAUGAUGGUGGAAUUCGCCACGCCCUCUUCAUCUCAGGUGUAGAAUUCCUCUUUCUGGUAAUGGUAAGUACAUUGAAGCCAAAAGAUACUUGUGAAGGUGAAAAGAUGGCUGCUGAGGAUAGAGAUCUUAUUGAAAUCUUGGAAGAACACAACCCGGUUGAUAUGGCCAAAUAUAUCAAUUAUGUCAGCGCGCCACAGGCCGGUGCCAUCGCGACAUUUUCUGGAACAACUCGCGACACAUUUGAGGGCAAAACAGUCUUGGAGCUCCAGUACGAAGCGUACGUGCCGAUGGCUGUACGGUGCAUCAAGUCUGCAUGUCAAUCAGCUAGAUCAUCCUGGAAUCUCAUGUCCAUUGCAGUUGCCCACCGCCUCGGCCCUGUUCCGGUUGGAGAAACAAGUGUCUUCAUUGCUGUAUCAUCGGUUCACCGUGACGAUGCACUGGAUGCUUGUAAAUUUCUGAUUGACGAGAUAAAGGCAUCUGUCCCCAUUUGGAAGAAAGAGGUAUACACCAAUGGAGAGGUCUGGAAGGAGAAUAAGGAGUUUUUGGAAAGGAAGUCGGAGCUUGAGAAAGGUGCUCGGGAUGAAAAUAGAUGCUGUAGGAAAAGGUUAGAGAGCAAGACCAAUGGGCAUGGCUGUUGUGGUGCUAAAGUCAAGAUAGAUGAUGGCGGCUGUAAUGGAGAGAGUACAGAAGCUGAGUGAGAAGAUUGUAAUUUAUUUUUGCUGCUUCUAGCAUUUUUCCUUCCAAUAUAUAUAAGAAGGAUUGUGAUGUAUUUCUCUAAUAAUAAUCAUCCGAGAAAUAUAUGUCAGCCUCAUCAAAUCUGCACGUGAUUUUGCUGAGAAACAUGUGGAAUACAGUGGGAUGGAUACACAGA